GCACGGUAACUGGUCUGUGGCGUUGCCACCAGAGCGAGCGCUGGCGCUAGCAACGGAACAACCGGAGGACGGACCGGGAUAUCUAACUGCGACAGAUACACCGAUUCUUCAAGGGAGACAAACCCAGAAACUGUUGAAGAUUAUUUCCGCUCCUCAACACAUACUCCAAGUUGGGGGAUGGCGGUGAACGUGUAUUCCACCUCUAUGACUAUAGAGAACCUGAGCCGCCAUGACAUGCUGGCCUGGGUCAACGACUCCCUGCAGCUCACCUACACCAAGAUAGAGCAGCUAUGCACAGGCGUGGCGUAUUGCCAGUUUAUGGACAUGUUGUUCCCGGGCUGCAUCCUGCUGAAGAAGGUGAAGUUCCAGGCUCGUCUGGAGCACGAGUACAUCCACAACUUCAAGGUGCUGCAGGCCUCCUUCAAGCGCAUGAACGUGGACAAGAUCAUUCCGGUGGAGAAGCUGGUGAAGAGCAAGUUCCAAGACAACUUUGAGUUCCUGCAGUGGUUCAAGAAGUUCUUCGACGCCAACUACGAUGGCAAGGCAUAUGACCCCCAGAUGGCACGGCAGGGCCUGGAGAUGACCCUCGCAGCCAACCCAGGAGGGCCCCAGCGGACGUCGCCCACGGUGCCCAAGAUCAUGGCCCCCCAGCGAGCCGCUACCACCGCCCCCGCCGCCCGGAGACACCCACACCCACACCCCCACUACGCACGCAACGGAGGCAGCGACGCAGAAAUACUGGAGAUCAACCAACAGCUGAUGGAUCUGAAGGUAACGGUAGAUGGUCUGGAGAAGGAGCGGGAUUUCUACUUUGGGAAGCUGCGCGACAUCGAGCUGAUCUGCCAGGAGCACGAGAAUGACAACCACCCCAUCCUCACCAAGAUCCUAGACAUACUCUACGCCACAGAGGUAGAGGUAUCUUCCAAAACUGCAUUGGACGGUUUUGCUGCCCCCGAGGAGGAGGAGGUGGAGUCCCAGUCAGGAGGACCGGACCAGGAUGAAUUCUAAAGCACUACUCCUGCCCUCACCUCACCUCCCCUCCACACAUCAUCCCUUACCAUCAACCUCUCCUCUCCUCUCCUCUCCUCCAUCCUCUGGCCACCUCUCCCCUCACCUCCUCCCUCCCAACCUCUACACAUGGGCUGGAUCUCAAAUGGCGCACUUGUGCACUUCGGGCACUAUGUUUCAGUGCGUAACUAAUACGGCAUGUGUACUGAAACAUGAACACUAAAGUGCACAAGUGCACCAUUUGAGAUUCAGCCAUGCUCUCCUCUUACCAUCUCCUCCCAUCAUUUCGCCUCUCCUCUCCUCUCACCAGAUGCUCUCCUCCCCUUGCCCCUCUCCUCCCUCAUCUCACCAUAUCCCCCUCUCCUCUCCUCUCCUCUCCUCACUGCUCCAGAUCUCUUUUUGCUUUUUGUUUUGUUUUGUGCUCCAUCUUUCUUCUCCAUCUCGCAACAUAACUGUUGUUUUUUUUUUUAAUUUUUAUUUAUUUUAAAUGUAAUCAUCUUUUUUUUCCCUGUCUGAUUUCACACUUUAUUUGCUCUGGUUACUUUUUAUUUCCGGUUCCCUCUUCUCACAGUUGCUCUCCCUCUUGAUUCAACACACACACACACGCGUGCACAUGCGUGCUUUAUGAACUGGCAGCGGAUUAAUGUAUAUGUGCAUGCAUGUUUGUCUGAGAGUGUGUGUAUAGCAUGGUCUCUGUGUGUGUGUGUGUGUAGCCUGCGAGCUGGUCUUGCUCGCUCCAGAGGCUUAAUGCUGGUCAUGUAUCCCCAGAGCCGUCAAAUUCAGCUCUCACAAACCGCCUCUUGGCUAUUUCAUUCCCCACCACACACACUCACUUAUACACACACACACACACACACACACACGCACACACACACACACACACACACACACACACACACACACGCACACACACACACACACACACAAAUGAACACGCGGCACAGACCCCUCUGCUUUGUACUUUGCUUUGACUUCCUCAGUUUCUGUCUGCGUCACUGCACUGCAAAGCUACUGUGUGGAAAUGCGUCCGCAGAGUUGAACUGACACGUGAAUGAAUUGGUGGUCAAUGGGGGAGACAGACUGGGUUCAAUGGGGGAGACAGACUGGGUUCAAUGGGGGAGACAGACUGGGUUCAAUGGGGGAGACUGAUUUCUGUUUGUUUGUUUGUUGACUUUGUUGAUGUAUUUGGGUUUUUUUUAGUUGAGUUGUUUUAACAGCUUAUUUAUUGGGGCUGUUGUGUUGUGUGGUUGCGUGGGCUGGGGAGUAUUCCACACUUGUAAACCCCUGAUGUAAUGGUAAAUCACCCCCCCUCCUA